AUGUCAGGUGAGAAGCCCAGUUUCCGCGCGCAGCCGGCGGUGAAGAGCAUCUUUGUGUACCGGAACGGGGACGCGCACACGGACGCGCGGCGCGUGCUCAUCCACGAGAGGCGCGUGAGCGACUUCGAGACGCUGCUGCGCGAGGUGACCGGGCGCGUGCGCGCUCCGUUCGGCGCCGUGCGCUGCAUCUACACGCCCAGGGCCGGCCACCGCGUGCACGCGCUCGAGCACGUGCGCCACGGCGAGCAGUACGUCGCGGCGGGAAAAGAGAAGUUCAAGAAACUCGACUAUUUGCAAAUCGGAAGCAGGAAGAAGCAAAUGCUCCAGAACAACGGACAGGUGAAAGCUGCACCACAGAGCCGCAUCGUCGUCUCUGCGCGGUUCCUGAAGCCCAUCAAAGAGCCGUGUGCAAUAUUCGUCGUUGCUAACGGAGAUGUGCUGAAUCCGGCGACGAGGUUUCUGGUUCCUAAUCGCCUGCUCGUCCAAUUCGAGCGAAUCCUGGAGAUGAUCACAGAGAAAAUGGGGCUGAGGAUUCUGGGAGGAGUGCGCAGUCUGUGUUCGUUCGAGGGAGUUCCUGUUACAAACGGCAAAGAUCUGGAAAACGGGCAGUUUUAUGUUGCAGUGGGAAGAGACAAAUUCAAGCGCCUGCCUUACGCCGAUUCACUGUUCACCAAACCCGUGGGGCUGAGGAGGACUGUCAGAUCGAAAGCAGGUUCUCUUCCACCCAUUUACAAAUACACAAGAACAAACGGAGAUGUAGUUAACGGCGUGAGCAAAUCAACUCACAGUGACGAAGUGAAGAGCACCGAUCCGGUGGCGUCCCUGGUGCGACAGAUCUCCCAGGCCAGACUCAUGGCAAUACGGAAGAAACGGAGCACCCUGACCAAUUCCUUCAGCACGCAGGAUAACGACGAUGCAGAUCUUAAACCCGAAGGCGAAGAUGGCGAGAGUGAACAAAAGCCUGUGGAAGAGAAGACUUCAUCAGCUGAGCAGGUGUACAGCGAUGAGGACAAAGCAGCUGAAGAGGAGGAGGAUAUAGCACAAGAGGAAAAAGUAGCUGCCGAAGAGAAGACAGCAGUAGAGGCAGAAGAAGAGGCAGCAGCUGAGAAAGAAGGAGCAGCAGUAGAAGCAGCAGCAGAAGAGGCUACUGUUAAAGAAGAGGAAGAGGCAGCAGCAGAGGAAGAGGAAGCAGCAGAAAAACAGGAAGAGGCAGCAGCUGAGGAAGAGGAAGACGCAGCAGCAGAAGAAGAGGAAGAGGCGGCAGCAGAGGAAGAGGCAGGAGCAGAAGAACAGGAAGAGGCAGGAGCAGAAGAUGAGGCUGUGGCAGAGUUAGAGGCAGCAGUAGAAGACAACGCAGGACAACCCGAGGAACCCGCAGGAGAAACAGGGAAUGGAGAUGGAGGAGGAGACGGAGGAGGGGAAUAAAGCCAAAAGAAGACUCUAGCUACAGAGUCCUUAUGAGAACAUACGCAUAAACUAACCCGUAGUGUAAGAUACGAUAGCGCUUCAGAUUUCAAUUAUUUUCAGGAAGCCCAUAUAAGGUCGAAUGAAAACAUAAUUGCAUAUAACAUUAGCAUUAACAGAGACGAUACAACUAACCUAAACCUUAAUGCAGACUACAGUGGGCGUGUCUUUGACUCCUUAUAUGGAAAUGAGACCAGGAUAAGAACACAGGGCCCUGAAUAAACAUGUGGUGUUAUACCAUCAGUCUGACUAAC